CCGAGGACGGAAAUUCCUGUCUCACUACCAAACUACAGCUCCCAAAAUUCUUGUCGGCAAAGGCGGGUGUUUCGAGCGUCUCUGGUUACGUAAUUGUGCAACGAGGAAGGAAAAGUAAAUAAACAAAUUCGAAUGGAGAAGCCGUUAAAACCGUUAGCGGAAACGGAGGGCAGGGAGCCAGAAAGGGUGACUGGUAUUUAAGCAAAGUCUAAACUAUGAAGAAAGGGUCUAAACAGAAAUCAUCCAAAAAAACCCAGCAGACUGUUGCAACUACUACUUGUAAGAAAUUGUUCUUUAAAUGUUCCAAACAGAAGAAAAACAACAGUCAAGGGGAUUUUGUGGAGUUGUUUCCACUAGAAGUCAGCUUAAAGAUUUUUAGCAAACUUGACAUUCAGAGCUUGUGCAAUGCUGCAAUAACCUGCAAGAGCUGGAACCAAACCAUUGAGCAUUGUGAUGAUUUAUGGAAACACCACUGUUUAAAUAUAAGGGCUGUCUGUCAGCGAGAAGUUGAUGGUGACAGAGGAGAAGGGUAUUCAUGGAAGGUCACACUACAUAGAAACUACUGGAAAAGCAAAGUAAAGUAUGAAUGGCUGAGUGGAAAAUAUAGCAAUAUUCAGUCACGCAGUGGUUUACCAGAAAAAUGUAUGUAUCCUAUGGAUGUGGAUACCUGGGGAGAAAUCUUGGAAGCUGAACUGGAAAGAGUCUUAUACAGAGGAAAUUAGAGAUGAG